AUGAGUGUCAAGGCCCUCUCACAAGAUAAUCAUGCGGGAGGAGAUUACAACUUGACGAUUGGCCUCUCUCACAUUAGCAUCCUAUAUAGUUAUAUUACCUCGAUGGCAAAGGGGGAGGGUGCCAAUGUAUGGAUUGAUCCUCAUAGGGGGUAUAAACUAUUACGUGAGGAAGCACCGAUGAAAAAAGUAAUAAGGUUUGAUCAAAGGAUGAGGGAAGAUAUCCAUGGGAAAAAGAGGGAGACAGAAGAAGAGAGGGAGAAAGGGAAGCCAA